AUGCUCCGGCUCCUGCCUGCCCUGGCGCUCCUGGGGGCGCUGGCUGCCCCGGCGGGAACUUCCAAGACGUGUCCAGCCUGCUCUUCACCGCAAAACUGCGCUGAGAUCGUUUGUCCUUCCUCCCAGGACUCCUGCUUGUUUAGCCAGAUGCCACUGGAAAAUGGGACUGUCAUCGAGCACGGUUCAUGUGUGGCUCCUGGGGAGUGCCAAGAAGGUGUCUACAGCCUGACCUAUGGCCCCGGCUCAAGCCUCUGGGUCAGCACAGUGUGUUGUGAAAACAACUGCAGCAGCCCACUGGGACACGAGGCAAGGCCCAAGGCCCAGCCCAAUGCCGUGAAGUGUCACUACUGUUCUGGGGAUAAGUCGGCCCCUUGUGACUCCCUUUCGGUCAUGAACUGCACCGGGGACCAGACUGUGUGUGUCACUCUCAAUGGGACAUGGAGUACAGGAGAUCCCCAAACCCUGAAGGGCUGUGCUACAGAAGACAUCUGCAACCUGCCAGCAAAUGCCACCUUGGGCCCAGAGAAAUCUGGAUUUCAUCUCACCUCCAAGCCUGAAUGCACACAACCAGGUCCCCAUGCAACUUCAGACAAGCCGAAGGCCACCAUCUGCUUCACCUGCUCAGAUGCAGACCACUGUGAUCCGCUCCACUGCCCAGAGGAGAGGAACUACUGCCUUCAGACGGUGGGCAUCGCAGCCUUGGGGAAAGGUGACUCUGUCGCCUGGAGAAAUGGUUCCUGCGUGGCCUCCAAGGACUGCAACUUUGACAACUCCAUCUCAGCCUUGACCUACAGCAUUCGCUUUGGCUUCUGGGUAAACAACACCUGUUGUCAAGGAAGCUGCCAGGAGCCCACUCCUCUUCCUGCAACUCUCCCAGUCUCACGUGCCCUGAGCAAGUUCCUGUGUCCUACCUGUUUUGGGAACUACUCGGGGCCCUGCUACGCCUCCUUUUACAAGCAGUGCCCCAGUGGGCAGACCAGGUGUGUCCAGCUGAACCUGGUGACUGAAGAAGGUGGCCGGAACGUGAGCGUAAUGGGCUGUGGCUCCCGCGACCUGUGCAGCGACCCUGCAGCCACCGCGGGCUUCCCCGCGCUCCCGGGCCACCGGCUGGGCCGGCCCCCUGACCGCACCCCCCGCCGCCGCGCCGUCCUGGAGUCCCAGUGCCGCUCCGACGCCGCACCUGGCCUGCACCUCGCCUUGCCGGUGCUGGUGGUGGCCCUGGUGACCGCAGCGCUGUCCUGA